GAUCGACAUCGGUCGACGAAUUUACCGAUUUUAAGACUAAUAUUCAAACUUAAAUAACUUAAUACAGCCUUUCAGAUAAUUAUUCUAACAUAAUACACUAAUUUAGUAUACAAUGGCACCGCCAUUUGUUGCUUGCCGUAUUUGCCGGAGCGUCGAAGGAAAGUUGAAAAACUAUACGGACAAUAUAUAUUUAAUUAGAGCGUAUGAAGAAUUCAGUGGAUGUCCGUUUGUAGAGUGGCCGUACAUGACAAAGUUCUGCCCAGAAUGCGCCUGCCUCAUCAGGAAGGUGUACAAACUCCGGAGGAAGUGCAGAAAGUCCUACAAGUUUGUGGUGCAGCAUUUAGAGUCAGGUAGAAAGAUCACCAAACCAUUCAUUCAGCAGAGCGGCACAAGCCUAUACCACAAGCCAACGGACUUUGCCACAUGGCACUCCUACCGCAUACCCACCAUAGACUACGUACACAACCCAAAGGCUUACAAGUCGAAGAAGAAGAGUGUGGAGGAACCGGUUUUCUAUAUUAAACAUUUGACAGUGCCAAAGGACUCAGCAGCCGAAGUACCAACAGUGGUGCCAGAGCCAAUAUAUGACUUCAACGAGCGUUACUACGACUCCUCCGAUCUGGAAGAAGAACUAGGAUUCAAAUCAUGGCCUAAAGCAAAUGCUAUUUACAUUCCAAGCAUUAUUAAAGCAAAGUCUACUUACACUCCAAGCAUUACUAAAGCAAAUGCUACUUACACUCCAAGCAUUACUAAAGCAAAUGCUACUUACACUCCAAGCAUUACUAAAGCAAAUGCUACUUACACUCCAAGCAUUACUAAAACAAAUGCUACUUACACUCCAAGCAUUACUAAAACAAAUGCUACUUACAUUGCAAGCAUUAAUAAGGCACAAGAUUUGGACAUUCCAGAGAAGCCAGUAGCUUAUGAAGAACCACCAGUGCUACCACCAAUGAUAGUGGAACCUGAAGCACCGGAGUUAGAGGCACCGAUGAUAAUGGAACCAGUUGAAGAUCCGGUGACUUUGCCGGAGGAGGCUAAUGUGGCUGCAAUGUUGUGUAAACCGGGCCUGAUUGAGGAAGAGGAGAUUGAUGUCAAAAUGGAGGAUGAUAUGAUCGACGACGUCACUGAAGGCCACAUCGAGGCCGAAAACGAAGAAAAGCUAGAAAUGAAACUGGAAACAGACCUGGAUCCGGACAACCUGACGCUGCUGGAGAUUAAGGCUGAGAUGGAACGAGAUGAUUCAGGAAAGGGAGAGAAGAGAAAGAGGCGUGGGAAAGAGAAAGAGGAUUGUCGAGUGUCAAAAAAAAGUCAACAGCUCCAAAAACGCGCGAGACGGAACCAGUCCAACCAGGAGUUGGAGGAGCACUUCACCGUCACGCAGUUCCACACCGAGGAGGAACAGAUGCAAGAGUUCCUAAAGAGGAAAACGGGCGACGGCUACUUGGAGGGCAAGUACAAGUGUGAGCUGUGUCUCAAGAGCUUCAAGGAGCAGAAGUGGAUGGAGGCGCACAAGCAGAAACAUGAGCCGUCCGCCGGGUCCUACGUAUGCACAAUUUGCCACAUCCGGUGUCGAACCCCGAAGCUGUAUCGCACGCACCGCGACUCCAACCACACCACCCGCUACUCGUGCAGGCGAUGUCAAUUCUUCACUUAUAGCAAGGCGCAGGCGCUAAAACACCACGGGUGGCACGAGGGCGUCGAGCACACCUGCCAGCACUGCGGCGCCACCUUCCGUAAGCACACGACGUACAUGGGCCACCUCCGACGCGCGCAUCCAUCUGCUCAUAUAUGCGGCGUCUGCGCUCGCAGCUUCGUCAGCGCGUACGGACUCAACUUACACAUCAAGGCCGUCCAUAAGGACAUAAAUAAGUUAGAAAACGACAGCACGCGCUGUGAGGAGUGUGACGUGACGUUCGUGUCGCGACAGAUGUAUGUCAGACACUUGCUCAUCACUGACAGACACAAGGAAAUGUCUAAAGAUAUAAUAUUAAAUAAGUUAGAAAACGACAGCACGCGCUGUGAGGAGUGUGACGUGACGUUCGUGUCGCGACAGAUGUAUGUCAGACACUUACUCAUCACUGACAGAGACAAGGAAAUGUCUAAAGAUAUAAUAUUAAAUAAGUUAGAAAACGACAGCGCGCGCUGUGAGGAGUGUGACGAGACGUUCGUGUCGCGACAGAUGUAUGUCAGACACUUACUCAUCACUGACAGACACAAGGAAAUGUCUAAAGAUAUAAUAUUAAAUAAGUUAGAAAACGACAGCGCGCGCUGUGAGGAGUGUGACAUGACGUUCGUGUCGCGACAGAUGUAUGUCAGACAUUUACUCAUCACGGACAGACACAAGGAAAUGUCUAAAGAUAUAAUAUUAAAUAAGUUAGAAAACGACAGCACGCGCUGUGAGGAGUGUGACGUGACGUUCGUGUCGCGACAGAUGUAUGUCAGACAUUUACUCAUCACGGACAGACACAAGGAAAUGUCUAAGGAUAUAAUAUUAAAUAAGUUAGAAAACGACAGCGCGCGCUGUGAGGAGUGUGACGUGACGUUCGUGUCGCGACAGAUGUAUGUCAGACAUUUACUCAUCACUGACAGACACAAGGAAAUGUCUAAGGAUAUGUAA